AUGGCUGGUAAAUAUUCUUCAAGUCUCAGCUCAAAGGAGAAAGUUCGAAAAGAUCGUGUAGAAUGGUCUACCAGUGAUCCAGAGGUAAAAUUGCCCACAAGAAAUCUUAAGAAAAAAGUGCCUGUCAUCAAAAAAUCACCCAAGGACGGUGUUUCGGCUUCAGAAACUAACUUGACGAACUGUGGGAGUAUAUUAGUUCUUCAAGAAAAAGUUGGUCGUGGUGACGAUCGGGCUACUGGCAAUACUGAUAGCAAAAGGACGACCAAGAUUGCAAAAAUAGCGAGUAUGAAGCCGCAAAUACAACGCACUAAGAAAUCGGGACAAGCAUGUUCCGGGAGUGGAAUGCCGAGGUUGCGGUCAUGUAAGUAUGUUAGUAAUCUUAAGUUAAAGUCAAAACUAACGACUUUUCAAAACAAUUUAUCUUUAAUGCAUAGACCCUUUUCAUCAUCGGAUUCCGAUGAUUCUUUAAGAAGAGAGCUAAGUGCUAUUAAUGAUGACACGCGUCGAAGUGCAAGAGUAAUAUUCGACUCACGCCAGAAGCUCCUUAACAUGGUACAGAAAAAGGAAGCAGAGCCAGUAGACUUUGAGGAGUUGUGUGAGCGCAAAGACAUUCUGCUUCAGGAGUUGGAUCACAUGGAUGCCAUAACGAAAAAUAUGUGGAAACUUUUUCGAAAUAGGCUUCCUACGACGACCAAGAAAAAUACUAAUUCAAUUCACGAAACGCCUCUAAGUAGACCACCUAUCAGCCACCAGAAGAAAAUUAAUCAGCCUAUACAUUCAGGCACCGAAAUCCCGUCAGCACACGAGCCACCUACUAGAAGUAAAUCUGAAAUUGAUCUCGGUCGAAAAUUAUAUGAAAGUUACGACAUGCAAGAGAAACUCGUAGCGGACAAUGCCAACCUCGAAGUCAAGAGGCACAUUUUGUACAAGGAACUUAUGACGAAGGACCAAAAUUUGGAAAUUUGUCGCGGUCAAAUAAAAAGGCUACAGGGGGAGUUAAAAUUAUUACAUAAAGAAAAUACGACGCUGCACGAAAAGCUUAGUAAAAAUAACCCUCAGGGCGAUGCGACUCCAAACAAUCAAGACAACACUUUUCAACAGGAUAUAGAUAAUUGCUCACUGAACAAAGAAACCGUAUGUGUGAAAAAUCCAGUCCCAGAUAACCAACAAGAACUUGAAGAAAUUGAAAAAGAAAUUGUACAAUUGAAGAACGAUCUAGAUUGUUUUCGGUUCGACAUGGAUAGUGCUAAGGCAGGUAGCGCUUGUAAAGGCGGAGGCGGCCUUAAUACGUGCUUUCAACAACCUGCAGGUGGUCCUCCGGUGCCUCCUAUGACAAAAGCUUGUGGUGUGUGUCCUCCUUGUCCAGCGCCAUGCAAUCCCAAUGCUCCUCCGACACCCGCCGAAAAAGAAGUUCAGAAACUGACGAUUCAACUCCGGCAAACCGAGGAAAACUUUAAGACUAAAGUGACAGAGUGCGCUAUGCUUCGUGCUGAGGUUCUAAGGAAAAAGGAAGAACUAGAAAAGGAAAGAUGUCAGCACCGUGAAGUUCAGAACAAAUUGCGUGAGCUCGAAAUGAAGUUUGAAGGUUUGGCGAUGACAACCAAUAUGAACCUGGGCAGUAAGGAGCAGGCAUUUGAGCAGGAAGUAAAUGUGCGAGGUUUGAAGUUGUGCUACAGAGAGGCGCGAGAGGAAAUUGAUGAACUGAGGAUGCUUAUGAAGGAGCAGAAUGAUCAGCUACAGGAUUAUAGAGUGAAGUACCUUCAAACGCAACAACUCGUGGAGGAGCAGCGUCGUCAAAUGGACAUGAUGGACAUGGAUAACACGAGAAUCAGUGAACAGAUUAAUCUAGAAAUUCAGAAAGUGAAGAUAAAAUUCCAAGAGAAGCUGCAGGAGUUAGCCCCGAUUCCAGAUCUGCUAAAAGCAGCUCAGCUUAAACUAAAAGAUGCACAGCAGUCACAGGCGAUUGCCGAACACAACGCUGAACAGUUGGCAAGGGAACUCAAUUCGGCUAGGGAAAAGGUCCAUAUGCUCCUGCAUAGCAGCCUUAAGCCACCAGAAAAAGCCACAGAACGGGGUGGUGAUGAGAAACAAAUAGCCCUUCUUCAACAAAGAGUUACGCAAUUGACAGAAUCUAACAUGACGUUGAAGAGUGAGAUUGAAAGACUCAAGGCGAAUAUAAUUCGUAUGGAGGAGUCUGUCCUUGCAAAUGAAAAGCGUUUGCAAGAGAAGAUGCACGAAUGCGCUCAAUUGGGCGGAGAACUUGAUAGGGCCAGGGACGAGGCGGCUAGAGCCUUGCAGAGAGCCAACGAACGCACUGACACUAUUCGCAAGUGUAUGCAAACUACAGUAGCUGAAUUGGAAAGGCAGUUGGCGUCGACUCGAGCUCAAGUCAAAAAUGCAGAGAAAGAUAGAGAAGAGGUACAAAGCCGUAUGCACUGUCAAAUCAAGCGCUUGAAUGAGAACUUCGAGCAGGCACAACUACGUAUAUUUGGACUGCAGUCCCAGGUUCAGGCCCUGAGAAGAACAGCGUCCAGCACUGGCGAAGGAGAUGCGGAGCAGCAGGAGUGCGCCUGCAAAACUUUCUUUGACAACCCUUAA